GUGCCCCGGGUCCGGGUGUUGGAGGCGCCGAAUCACGAGGCUCCGCUGCUUGGAAAGUUGCUGAUCGGCGGCUCACGGAGUUGGGGCGCACAAACGGGCUGUCCCGGCGCGGGUGGGGACCGGUCCCAAGUGGGAUUCGGGUGCGGGGCUUCUGGAAGGAGCCCCGCUGCGCGAUCAUGAUCCCCUGCCCUGCGCCGCCGCUCCGAGGCGCGUGACUACUUGGUGAGUAACUUUUCCCGAUCUCAGCAAGUCCGGGCAGGAGAGGCCGGCCCGGAAGGGCCUGGGUUCGGGGACCCCUUUUCCCCAAUCUCCGCCAGUCCUAAUCGCGUCCCCGACUCGAGUCGAGUCGCUCCUCCCCCGCGUGGGGGCUCCGGUUUCAGACCGAUGGCCGUGACAGCAGCUGCCCAGGACAGCAUGGGGGGGCUGACCUCAGGAGCCUGGUCCUGUUCUCCCGCAUCGGCAGUACCCUCCUCCAGUCCCUUCGGAUGCAGAUGUGGGGAUUCAGGAGGGUACCCCAAACUCCCGGGUGAUGGGUACAGGGACCCACAGGAGGCUGGGGAGCCCCCUUCUCCAAGUCUUGUUCCCUGCUCACAUGGUGGGAACUGGGAUGAGCCGCUUGUCAACUGUGGGGGUGCGGGUGCGUGCAUGCAUUGCGCGUGUGUGUGUGUGUGUGUGUGUGUGUGUGUGUGUGUGUGUGUGUGCGUGCGUGUGUGUGUGUGUGUGUGUGUGUGUGUUAAGGUCCCAUUCUGUAGCCCAGGUUAGCCUCAAAGUCUCAACAAUCUUGCCUCGUCCUCCCCAGUGCUGGGAUGACAGACAUGUGCUACCAUGCCAAACUUUUGUUUUGUCCUUUUUAUAAAAAAAAAAUAGUUUAUUUAACAUAUAUGAGUGACCUGUCUUCAGGGACACCAGAAGAGGGAAUCAGAUCCCAUUAUAGAUGGUUGUGGGCAUGUGGUUGCUGGGAAUUGAACUCAGGACCUCUGGAAGAACAGCCAGUGCUCUUAACCACUGAGCCUUCUCUCCAGCCCCUUGUUUUGUCCUUUUAAAUAGGCUAGGGCUCCCUUGAGACUCGACUUGGACUCCAAGGUAUAGCCUUGCCCUCGGGGUGUGUGCUAAGCGGUCCUUUUGUGGGAGCAGAGUCCUGAGUUCCCUAUUAGGCCCAGGAAGCAUUCCACAUUUAUUCUCUGACUUGGGGAUCUGGCGAAGAUAUCCAGGUGGCCUUGAACUCCUUGGCCUUCUGAGUAGAUGGGACCGCUGGCACUCACCACUGAUCCAGCUUUGUCCCACUUUUUGAUGCAAGGCCUUCUGCGGGGCCGCUGGAUGGGAGGGGGUGAAUAAGAUGUCCCACUCACUUGAUCUUGGCCCCAUGCCCAGUUCCUGUGGGAGGACACUUUCCCCACGGCUGGUGACCUGGAGUGUGAGUGUGACUUUGGCGUGCCAAGGACCACGUGGCUGUCCUUGGAGCUGGCUCCUACCCAGGCAGUUUGGUACCGCUCUGUCACCUCUCUGAUGACACUAGAGCCCUAGAGACCCCUCGGCCCAGGUGUGGGGGCUUCUCCUCAAAUGGAGACAAGCAGGGUCUGUGGGCUGGGGUACAGCUCCAUUGGUAGAGGGCUCCCCUGGCACACAGGAAGCUCUGAGCUGCACCCCCAGCACCAUGUGAACCGAGUAUCAUGGUGCAUGCCUGUCCCCCCAUCACUUGGGAAGCAGAGGCCAGAGGAUCAGGAGUUCAAGUUCAUUCUUGGCUACAUGGUGAUUUCAAGGCCAGCCCGGGCCGAGACUGGUGUGGCUGUAGGACAUGCACUGUCUCUUUCCUUCCUUGCUGCUCUUGUGCAGGAAGUCGCCUGGAUGACCCACUUGGCUUGAGCACCCCGGAUCCUUGCUCUCAAGCCCUUUCUCUCCCCAGAGACCAAACGAGUGGUUCCUGUCACCUCUCGGGUACCCCUUAGACUCCAUCCCGCCCAGCCUGACCAAUGUCCACAGCCAGGGAACAGCCAAUCUUCAGCACCCGUGCGCACGUGUUCCAGAUCGACCCCACUACCAAGAGGAACUGGAUCCCAGCCGGCAAGCACGCGCUUACUGUGUCCUAUUUCUACGAUGCCACCCGAAAUGUGUACCGCAUCAUCAGCAUCGGGGGUGCCAAGGCUAUCAUCAACAGCACAGUCACCCCCAACAUGACCUUCACCAAAACCUCUCAGAAGUUCGGGCAGUGGGCAGACAGUCGAGCCAACACUGUGUAUGGCCUAGGCUUUGCCUCUGAACAGCAGCUGACCCAGUUUGCUGAGAAGUUUCAGGAGGUGAAGGAAGCUGCCAGGCUGGCUCGGGAGAAAUCUCAAGAUGGUGGAGAAUUCACUAGUCCUGCCCUGGCCCUGGCCUCCCACCAGGUUCCCCCGAGCCCCUUGGUCAGCACCAACGGUCCGGGAGAGGAGAAGCUGUUCCGCAGCCAGAGUGCAGAUGCCCCUGGCCCCACCGAGCGGGAGCGGCUGAAGAAGAUGCUGUCAGAAGGCUCCGUGGGUGAGGUCCAGUGGGAGGCCGAGUUCUUCGCACUCCAGGACAGCAAUCAGAGGCUGGCAGGGGCCCUUCGCGAGGCCAACGCAGCCGCCGCGCAAUGGAGGCAGCAGCUGGAGGCCCAGCGUGCAGAGGCUGAGCGCCUGCGGCAGCGGGUGGCGGAGCUGGAGGCCCAGGCGGCUGCAGAGCCGGUCCCGGCGGCCGAGAAGGAGGCAACCAGCCAGUCCGUGGAGCAACUGGAGGCUCAGGUGCAGACCAAGGACCAGGAGAUCCAGACUUUGAAGAAUCAGAGCUUGGGGACACGUGAAGCUCCUGACACCACUGAGCGGGAGGAGACACAGCAGAAGGUUCAGGAUCUGGAAACACGGAAUGCCGAACUGGAGCAGCAGCUGCGGGCAAUGGAGUGCAGCCUGGAGGAGGCGCGGGCGGAACGCGAGCGCGCGCGGGCAGAGGUGGGCCGGGCCGCACAACUGCUGGACGUGCGGCUGUUCGAGCUGAGCGAGCUGCGCGAGGGCCUGGCGCGCCUGGCAGAGGCAGCACCCUAGUUGGCCCCGUGGGUCUGUGACCCCAAGGUGCCCUGGCAGGGGACCAGGGCUGCCUCUGAGCUUUGCACUGUGUAGUUUUCUAGAAUCCAUGGGUGGCGCUGAUACCCGGAUCACAUUUCUACGUGGCUGUACAAGUGCGUGGCGUUGCUCGCACCUGUCGUCGCUGGCUGCUGUCACCCUGCGUCCCAGGGAUGCGAAGGAGGGCCUCAGUGGUCAUCCCCAUAGGGCAACAGGGGCUUUGGGGACCAGAGACCCGCAGCCCUGCACCCAUCCCGCCUCAUUCUCAAGUCAGACUGACAGGUUCCGAGUGUUUACUGAGGCCCUCUGAGGCCCCCCCCUCGGCCGGCGCUCCCUGCUUUCUGUCGCCGCCGCCGAAGCGUCUGCCCCACCUUCUCCUUGAAACGGCGGUUCUGUUGCUUGAUCUUGGUCAGCUCCGCCUUGCGCUUAGCCUCCAGGUCCGGGUCCUGAGGAAGGGAGCGUGGCUGAGAAAGGAGCGGGGUAGCUCCAGGAAGCAGCUCCGAUCCCCAAGCCCAGCCACCCUUACUGGACACACCCCCGUGCCUGGCCCUGCCCGCCGAGCCCUCCCCGCCCCUCUGUCCACCUUCCCCUCCAGAAUCAGCUGCUUCCGCUUGUUGAUCUCCCUCUUUUCAUCGAAAUGCGAGGCCUCCAGUUUCUAGCAGGAGAGAGCACAGGUCAGGACAGGCCCGCAGGGAGCCCCGCCCCACACUCCCCUACACCAGAGGCCACACUCACGAUCUCACACUCUCUGCGCACCACGUUGACCUGCGUGAGGAUGUUCAGGACCUCGGCCUCCUCCACCGCCAGCUCCUCCAGCUGCUUCUCUGCGGAGCGGGGUGGGAGGCCCAGACAGCAGCACUAAGUGGGGCUGUAGGUGCUGUUGGCCCUCCCUCUGCGCCCCCACUUCUGAUGUCUGCAUCCAACCAUAUGUGGACUGAUGACAUUCAAAAGAAGCAAAAUUGUGCCUGUUAUCACAACACUGGGAAGGCAGGGGCAGGGGGAUCACUGUGAGUUCCAGGCCAGCUCUGUAGAGCAAGGAUCUCUCAAAUAAAUGAAUGAAUAAAUGA